UGAAAUACCACAGUGCCCCGUGUGCUGUGUGUAUGUCCGUGUGUUGCUAUAUAAUAGGGAAAAAUCGCUCCACUCGUCUCCUGCUCAUCAUAUAAGCCAGUCUAGUCAGAAGACUCUGUCCUGCCGAAGGUGUUUGCUCAGAGAAAGCCGCUGUUUCUGUAUUUACCCUCGGUAGUGGUCAAGUAGGACACUCAGUGCUGCUACAAGGUACCACGACAGAACACAAGGGGAAAUUACAGAGGAGGACAACGAUUUGUUUCUUCCCGGAAAGAAGAAAAAGUUACACUGGGUUGGAACAUCGUGAAGUUUAACCCCUCCCACACAGAUGCUUCCGGCCGACCUGAUUGGUGGGAGUGAUGUGUGAACUAGAUGACUUGACUGGCCAAUCAGUGGAGCAUGAGAGUGUGCUGACAGCCAGAGCAGCAGUGUUUCUACCAGAGCGUGAGAGGGAGUGGAGGAGAGGAACAGAUCCAGAGGGAGAGGAGGAGGAAGAGGCAGAGGCAGAGGAGCAAAGGGGAGGAAUGGGUGUUGGUAAAAACACCACCUCCAAAUCCAUGGACUCCGCCGCAGAGCCUGGCAAAUAUGAAGAGGAGAACAAACACAAUGCACACUCCUAUCCCAUCCCAGUGGUUAAUGGUGUCGUGCAGACCCCCGGAGAUCAGGACGCGGAGGACACGCAACUCAUGGCCAUUUAUGCAAAAGACAGCCAGACUGAGGACAAAUGCUCCAUAUCAGAGACUGUGGACAGUGCAGACAGCAUAGACGCCAGGAGAAUGGACAUGAUAUACACCAUAGAGGACACACCACCUUGGUACCUGUGUGUGUUCCUAGGUUUACAGCACUAUCUUACCUGCUUCAGUGGAACUAUCGCUGUGCCCUUCCUGCUUGCUGAAGCCAUGUGUGUGGGAUUUGACCAAUGGGCGACCAGUCAGCUGAUUGGCACCAUUUUCUUUUGUGUGGGCAUCACCACCCUGCUGCAGACCCCCCUUGGCUGCCGGCUUCCAUUGUUCCAGGCUAGUGCUUUUGCUUUUCUCGCCCCUGCAAGAGCCAUCCUUUCACUGGAUAAGUGGAAAUGUAACGCAACAGCUUUUCCUUUAUUAAAUGCCACAGAGCUGCCACACACAGAAGACAUCUGGUACCCCAGGAUACGAGAGAUCCAGGGUGCUAUAAUAGUCUCGUCUCUAAUAGAGGUGAUCAUAGGGGCCUUGGGUUUGCCAGGUAUCCUGUUGAAGUACAUCGGCCCGCUCACCAUUACCCCUACUGUCACUCUCAUUGGGCUCUCGGGCUUCCAGGCGGCUGGAGAGAGGGCAGGCAAACACUGGGGCAUCGCCAUGCUAACCAUAUUCCUGGUGCUGCUGUUCUCUCAGUAUGCACGUAACAUCCAGUUGCCGCUCCCCAUCUACAAAUCCAAGAAAGGUUGGACGUCUUACCGCCUGCAGCUGUUCAAGAUGUUCCCAAUCAUCAUGGCGAUCCUUGUGUCAUGGUUUCUGUGUUUCAUCUUCACGGUGACUGACGUGUUUCCUCCUGAGAAGGACAAAUAUGGGUUCUACGCCCGAACAGACGCCCGACAGGGCAUCCUGGCAGCCGCCCCCUGGUUUAAGAUCCCCUACCCCUUCCAGUGGGGGUUGCCCACAGUGACAGCAGCAGGGGUGAUUGGAAUGAUGAGUGCUGUGGUUGCCAGUAUUAUAGAGUCCAUUGGAGACUAUUACGCCUGUGCCCGUCUCUCCUGUGCCCCGCCUCCACCUGUACAUGCUAUUAACAGAGGGAUCUUCAUGGAGGGUCUUUCCUGUGUUCUCGAUGGCAUCUUUGGGACAGGAAAUGGCUCCACAUCUUCUAGCCCAAAUAUUGGAGUGCUGGGCAUCACCAAAGUGGGCAGCAGGCGGGUAAUUCAGUAUGGGGCAGCACUGAUGCUACUUCUAGGAAUGGUGGGUAAAUUCAGCGCUCUCUUCGCAUCAUUGCCGGACCCAGUUCUGGGGGCGCUGUUUUGCACUCUCUUCGGCAUGAUCACUGCUGUUGGCCUUUCCAACCUGCAAUUUGUGGAUCUCAACUCGUCCCGCAAUCUGUUUGUCCUUGGCUUCUCCAUCUUCUUUGGCCUGGUCCUACCCAGCUACCUCAAAGGAAACCCUCUAGUCACUGGUAUAGUGCAGAUAGAUCAGGUGCUGAACGUUCUGCUUACGACUGCCAUGUUUGUAGGAGGUUCAGUGGCGUUUGUGCUGGAUAAUACUAUUCCUGGUAGGUGCAAAUCUCAUAAUGCACUCAUACAACUCUCUUCAAUCCAAUUAAACCUUUGGUGAAAGUUCAUGUCACAUUUCUAAUUUUUUUAUUAACAAAAUGGUGGUAAAUGUA